AAAACAAAAAGAAGAAGAAGAAUCGGGGCUGUCCAAUCAGGUUUGGCGGCGCACGCUAGUCUUGAUGUUUCUGUAUCUUUAGUGUGUUGGUCGGUGUAAAAUCGUUGGUUUAUUACACCGACUGAAGAGCACUGUUCUUUUCCAUUAAAGUGUGCAGACUACGGGGAUGAAUAGUAUUAUAUAGGUGUCGGUUAUAACUGUGGCACAAUGUCGCUGGUGACUGGAGGAAGCUGUGUGUUUGAGGCGGUUCAAAGGGGUGAUGGUGAACAAGUGGAGCUGCUCAUUCAACAGGACCGAACCAUCCUGAAACAGAGAGGUUGGGGUGGAUUUACUGCCCUCCAUUUUGCGGCUCUUCAUGGGAAUCAGCCAAUAGCUGAACUCCUCCUGAACAGUGGUGCGAACCCCAACAUACCCUGUGAUAGUGGACAAACCCCCUUUCACUUUGCUUGCCGACAUGGCAACAUCAGAAUCAUGCACAAAAUGUUGCAGCAGGGCGCAGACCUGCACAUUGUAGAUCAGCAGGGGAAAACAUCAUUGCAUCAUGCAGUCAGUGGAGGAAGCAUUGUUGCCAUGCAGUACCUCUGGGAGACGACCAUGUUCCGAUUCUCAGAUUCUGAUAAGUUCCUGAUCACUCCACUACACAUGGCGGCAUCCACCGGGAAUACAGAUGUGGUCCAGUAUCUGCUACGAGAAAAUAGAUGCUUAGCAGAUGCAGUAGACCACCAGGGGGCAACAGCGCUGCACGUGGCUGCUGAGAAAGGCGCAGUUGAAGUGUGCUGGUUACUGCUGCGCAGCACCGGACUCCACAUUUUACACGUGAAAACCCACAGUGGCCUCACACCUUUAGACCUCUGCAGUCGCGGAACGACUUGUAGACAUCGGCAGCUCACCAAAAUGUUCGUGAAGUUCAUCAACAAACCAAAGGAUCAGAAGCCCAGAGAAUCAUAUGUGCUGUACUACUGGACGCUUCUUUUGCCGAGUAUCAGUGGGGCAGUGGUGCUACUCAUAGCUGCGUCCCUGGGAGAAAAAGGAGGUGUGCUCUGUGGAUUGUUCUUUCCCUUGCUGGCAAAAGUCACCUUGUCUCAGUACCACAGAAUGAGUGACUAUCAAAGGUUACCAAAUCCCAUCUAUCUUGGAACUUUGACUGCAGGCAUGAUUCAUACCUUAAUCUGCUUUUACUAUAAAAUUCUACCUAAUAUUUGGCCAGCUUAUGCUCUCUUAAAUGUUACAGUACUUAAUUUCUCUGUGGUUAUCUGGCUUUUCUGGAAGCUUCUAACCCAGGAUCCAGGACAACUGCAGGCAGCCGAUACAGAUCCUAGAUUCUCCAGCAUAGCAGACUUGGUGGAGUCUAAUCAGAAUCUCAGUCGGUUUUGUAUUUACUGUGAGCUGUUCCAAGUGGCCAACUGUAAGCACUGUCGUCUGUGUGACAUUUGUGUCAUGGAUUAUGAUCACCACUGCCUCUUCCUAAACCGCUGCGUGGGCCGGAACAACCACCGUGUCUUCUUACUCUUCUUACUGGCCAUGAUAGUGGCUCAGCUCUUCUUCGUCAGCAUUGCUGGAUAUUACCUUCAGUGGAGGUCGAAGGUGGAAGAGGGUUUUAGCUGGAGCUCAAUAGCAAUGAGAGAAGCGUGGGUGCUUCUGCUUCUCAUAAUCAAUGCACUUGCUGUCCUGUGGGAGACCUGGCUGCUCUCUGAGCAGUUUAAUGCCAUCUCUACUGGAAGCACCAUGUACUUCAGACAAUGUCACCAUAAGAAGUCUUCUUGUAUCAAGCGUGUGGCCACAGUUCUUUUGUUUCUGGUUGAAGGGAAGAAUUUUAGGUGUCAAAAUCAAAAUGCUGUUGAUAUUUAACUGUAACACAAGUGACUUUCUAUACAGACAGCAGCUUUACAGUAAUUUUUAAUAGUUCAUGAAGAUUGAGGAAUAACUGAUGUCACUUGGAGUUGGUUUUAAUUGAUUUUUUUUUUUUAAACUGAACAAGUUUCACUGUGUGCUUCUUACAGAGGAGGCAUUUCAUCUUCUCACUGUUUGGUACACCACUGUUUUCAUAUUGACCAAAGAGUUAGUUUGAACUUUUGCACUGAACCAUUUAAUGUAUUCAUACUGUUCAUACACAGAUCAUAAACUUUUGAAUAUUUUAAUACAAUAUAUGAUAAUCGUCUUA